UGGACACUUAAUCAGCAUAGAAAUGUUGGUUUCCAACAAUAGUAUUUGCCAUAAAUCAAAAUCAAGGCCUCUGUUAGCUAUAGUGUGAUAAAUGAUAAUAAUGAUUAUCCCACUGAAUGGAGUUCUAGGGAGAUAUAGAAAAACUGUCCAUCAUUCAUCUCUCCAGGCAAUAUCUCAAAUACCGUUUGACAGAUUUAAUUCAAAUUGUGUAAGUUGACAGAUUUGGUUCAAAUUUAACUCAAAUACCAGUGAAUUUUUAAGUUUCAUUUUUUCAGGUUCAAAUAAUUCAAUAAAGAAGUGUAAUUCUCAACCAGUUGCUAGCUUGUGGAAAGUUUUGCCUUAUCAACCAUCCCGACUAUGUUGGUGAAUGGCCAUUGGUGUAAAGUGAUUAGGAAUCACCCAAAUAAUACCACAACAAUUGAGUGGAGAGUCUUGUACAAAUCGCAGUAUCGAGAAUACAAGCAGGGAAGAGGUGUUGAAAUGGAAAAAAUUAACACAAACCUCAUUUUAAAACAUUCUUUUGAGUUGACACCCAACAAUUCUCUGCCAAAAAAGAUAAAAAUUGGGCACAAUUAUACAGUGGAAUUGAUGGACCGGACGGAUGAACCAGGACUUACAGACGAACAAGGACUUACAGAUGAACCAGCACUUAUAGUGAACUCAGUGACAGACAAUGUAGUACCAGAAGUGACAGACCUGACGAACAAGCCAAAACCCACAACAGAGCAACAGACAGACGGAUUGGUACCUGAACAAGGAUCGGAACAAUUGAUGGACCAGAUGGAUGCACAUUAGAGGACCCCUGGCCCAAUGGCCCCAUGGUACGAGGAGCCAUGCCUGAUCCAUGCCAUGUCUAAAUUUCUUCUAUUCCUCAAGUUGGGG